AUGAAUAUUAUUUUUUUAAAAGUCCCCUCAAUUUUUAAAAAAUUAAAUGUGGGAAAUAUUAAAAUUUUAAAUGUAAAUCAAAAUAGCCCAUCUAUAAUAGUAAAUAGUAAUAAUACAAAGAGUAUUAAAAAUCAUAAUUAUUCAUCUUUUACAAAUAAUAACAAUAAUAAUAAUAAAAAUCAAGUAAAUUUAGUUCAAAAUAAAUCAAUAUUAUCAUCAUCAUCAUCAUAUAAAGGGAAUAAUAAUAAUAAUAAUAAAUUAUCAUACACAACAUCAUCAAAUAAUAAUAAUAAUAAUAAAAUUGAAGAAAUUGUUAAAUCAACAACAGUUUCACCAUUUACACCAUUAAAUAUUUUACAUCCAAAAUUAGUUGGUGAAAAACUUUAUAGUAAUGAUAAUGAAGCAAAUAAUAAUCAAAAAGAGUUUAAAGCAGAGAUAUCAACAUUACCAAAUGGGAUUAGAGUAGUUUCAAAACAAACUCAUGAAGGUGUUUGUGCAAUUGGGUUAUAUAUAAAUGCAGGUACAAAAUAUGAGUCACCCCAAGAUAGAGGUGUAUUUAAUUUAUUAGAGAAAAUGACAUUUAAAGAAACAAAAAACAAUUCCACCUCAGAGAUUAUUAAAGAGUUGGAAGAGAUCUCAAUGAAUGCAAUGGCAUCCUCAAGUAGGGAGAUGAUUAAUGUUUCAUUGGAAGUGUUAAGAAAAGAUUUAGAAUUCGUAUUGAGUAUCCUAUCAGACCAAAUUAAAUCACCAACCUAUUCAGAGGAGGAGCUUAGGGAGCAAAUCGAAGUUUGUAUUAGAAACUAUGAAAUGAUUACAAAUUCAUCAUCUGAUCAAUUAAUGACAGAGAUUUUAAUGGGUGUUGCAUUUGGUGAUGCCGGUUUAGGCAAUUUAGUGAUUGCAACACCUGAACAAUACCAAAACAUCACUCGUGAGAAACUAUUUGAUGCAUUAAGAAAAUAUUAUGUUGGUAAGAAUAUAGUUAUCAGUGUCACUGGUGCUGAACAUUCACAAGUAAUCGAAUUGGUUGAUAAAUAUUUCGGUGAUAUUCCAUUCACUCAAAAAGAUACCCCAUCUGAAGAUUCAAUAGAUAGUACUAUCACCUAUAAAGGUGGUACAGAUGCUUGUGUCGCUGGUUUAAUUCAUAAAAAUCAUUUAAAAUCUCAAUUACAAUUUUUAAUUGAAAAACAACAAAAAUUAAAACAACAACAACAACAACAACAACCACAACCACAAAAUUCAAAUAUAGAUGAUAAUGAUAAUGAAGAAGAAUUAUUAAAUUUAGAAAUUGAACAAACUAAAAUUUCAAUUGAACAAUUAGAAUUACAACAAGUUAAAGAAUCAUCUUGGAUUAUUGCAUUCCCACAUAGUGGUUUAUCAACAGUUGCAGAGAAUAAAGAUAUUAUUAAUGGAUUGGUAUUACAGUCAUUGUUGGGUGGUGGCAGUUCUUAUUCUACUGGUGGUCCAGGUAAGGGUAUGCAAAGUAGAUUGAAUUUGAAUGUAGUUUAUUCUUCACAUAGGGUAAAGAAUUGUCAUGCAUUUUUAUUCGUUUUUAAUAAAGUUAGUUUAUUUGGAAUUAGUUUAACAACUCAAUCAGGUUUUCUUCAAGACGGUAUCGAAUUGGUACUUCAAGAAUUGUUAAUGUUAAGAUCAUCAAUGACUCAACAAGAAUUGGAACGUGCUAAACGUUCUCAAAAAUCACAAAUCCUUCAAAAUUUAGAAAUGAGAAGUGUUCAAUGUGAUGAUAUGGCUAGACAUAUCCUAUCUUUUGGCUCCUAUAAAUCACCUGAACAAAUUUGUAAACUCAUUGAUUCCGUCACUUUGGAUGAUAUUAAAAAAUUAAUUUCAAAACUAGCUCAAUCAAAUCCUUCCGUAGUUUCAAUAGUUGCAAAUGAAAAUGAACCAAUCUUAACUGCUGAACAAUAUAAUCAAAUUGUUAAACAAAAUUCUUCAACUUUAUUUAAAUAA